UCAAGUUUCCUAUAAUGGCCAGUCGCUCUCAUCCUCAUAUUCACCCUUCGCAUGGUGGCUACUCUUCCUACAUCAACAUAGACCCGUUGUAUCUUGGGCGACUGCAAAUCCAAGGCUUCGACUUGAACCGCGAUGACAACCAACUUCGUUACACCCCUAUUACGGUCUCCCAAGAGGAGCUGGUUUACCACAAGAACAUCAACUAUGCAGAACGCGGUCUGACCUUUCCGAGGUUCAUUGAUCAAAUGUUCGACUCUGGCUUCUACACUGAAUAUUUCGAAGGAAUGCCCCCACCGGCGCCUUUCAAGUUGAAAUUCAUCGAAGAUCCCAAUGCUAAAAUUAAAGUUUUUAUCGGGAUUACGAUGUACCAAGAGCCCUGUGGUGGCCUCGAUGAUGUUCGCCGACCUGGUCUGACUUUCAUCCAACAGAACCCCGACAACGAUCGUCCUGAGGCCUUCAAAGAGCAAGCCAUGGAGACUGGUGGUGUCCCUGGAACGUUGGUUGGUGUCCUCGAGAAUCUCCGCAAGUUCGUCGCUGAGACACAAUACAAGUGGGAGGAGAUAUGCGUAUGCCUCCUCGCUGACGGUCGGACCAGAAUCAACGGCGCUUACAACAACUUGCAAGCUCUACAGCGUAUGGGUAUGUACCUAGACUUGGAAGAGAUGUAUCGUGAGGAGGGCCUGAUGGACAUCUGUGGUCGAAUACAGCCGAUCGAUCGAUACAAUUUCGAUCGAAUUCCCGACAAGAACGCCUCCCGUGACCAUCCUCGGUUCACAGUUGACAACGGCCAGGCUGUUUACGUGCACUUGUUUGAGAACGUCAUUCACUAUGAGAACUAUCCACCUCUGCAGAUGAUGUUUGCAUUGAAAGAAUUCAAUGCUGGCAAACUUGAUACGCAUCUGUGGUUCUUCGAAGGCUUUGCUCAUCACUUCUACAGGACGAUGAAUGAAAGGGUUAAAGAUACACAACAUGAAGAACUCUAUUGUGUCUGUCUCGAUGCUGGUACUCGGCCCUAUCCCAAUGCUAUUCUCAAAUUAAUCGAUGCUAUGGACGCCAGCGAUGAUGUCGCUGGUUGUUGUGGUGAAAUAACUGUUGAUAGGAAUCUGCAUCCGGUCAACAUUCUCUACAACUGGUGGUUUAUAAUCAUCCUUUCCCUCGCCUUCCUAACUUCAAUUAGGUAUGUAGCCUCGCAAAACUUCGAGUAUAAAGUCGGCAACUGCUUCGACAAGGCUUGUGAGUCUUCGUUUGGGUUCAUCAGUGUUUUACCCGGUGCCUUCUCAGCGUAUCGGUGGUCAGCCCUCUCCCCUCCCGAGCUCGGUCCGACUUCUGCAAAACGUCCCAUCGUACCCUAUUUCAAGAGCGUCACCCAUGGAGGUGUCGUCAACCCCUUCCUAGGAAAUAUGUACCUGGCCGAAGACCGCAUUCUCGCCCUCGAGCUCGUCUGCAGUAGAACUGCCGCUAACGUGUUGCGAUAUGUGAAAAGCUCUGUUGCUGUUACGGACGUGCCCGAUACGUGUGCUGCAUUGAUUAAGCAACGCCGAAGGUGGCUCAACGGCUCCUUCUUUGCGCAGCUUUUCUCUCUGUGGCAAGGGCUAUUCCAGUUUAGGAUUUUCACCACCCGUCACAACAUUCUGCGUAAAUUCGCAUUGAUGAUUGAACUAAUAUACUACAUUUUCAACACCGUUAUGACGUGGUUCCUGGUGGGGGUCUUCUACCUCACCUUCCUAAUACUCUGGGACGACUUCCUCGUCAACGAUGGUGAUCAUCGUUUCGAGGGCGCUGAUAUCGUGUUCGUUGUCAUUAAGUUUAUAUACCUCCUACUCAUGUUCUGCAUAUUCCUCCUGGCCAUGGGGACAGCUCCCGAUGCUCCUCGUCGCUCCCUCAGAGUUCUAUACGUAUUAAUUUCGCUAAUUUUUGGUAUUUUCAUGAUGGCUACAUUUGCUCUUGCGGUCUACAAUGUUGUUGAUUCGGACGACAUAGUUUUAUCAUCCAUCGGUAUCGCAGCUGUGGCCAGCUACGUCCUCGUUGCCUUCCUACACUGCGAGGGUCACCAUAUUUUGCUCACAUAUUUCCAGUAUACUUUCAUGGCUCCAACUUAUAUUAACAUAUUCCAAGUCUUUGCCUUUUGUAACACACAUGACCUCUCCUGGGGCACCAAGGGCCUCGACAGCAGUGAUGGUUCCCAGAAGGACGUCCAAGCCCAACGUAACGAGUUCAGAACCUACCUGGUCCUCUUCUGGGCUCUCUGCAAUCUGGCAUUAGUUUUCGCUGUGGCUGGCACAACCCUCGAUGGAGGUGCCCAGAGGGUGUCUGCUGAUACAUUCCUUCUGGUGGUCCUCGGCAUAGUUGUUGCCUUCAACGGCUUCAAAACUAUCGGCGCCAUCUGGUUCCUCUUUGGUCAUUAUAUUCGUAAAUGUUUCCGAUGCAUUUGUGGUGGCAGAGGAAAGUCUCGAGCGGUGGAGAAGACCAAGAAGAAGCAGCAGCCACCGACUCCGCCGACAGGCGCACGUCCAUCGGGUUCGACCCUGCAGUUGCCCAGACAGGUAUCGGUCUAA